AUGGCUGGCGUCGAGGGCGUGGCUUUCGUGACUGGCGGCCUACCCCUCGCGGGGAACAAACAAAGCGGCAGCUUCUACAGCCAUGACAUGGACGAGGCAGGAUCGACCGAUUUCUUUGACCAAUUUGUCAUGCUCGAUGGCUCCGACUCGGAAACUACCGCAGAAGGAGGCGGCGGCCUCGGCCAGUUUUGCGGCGCUUCUGGCCUGCCCAUGUCGCCACGGCUCUCGUCCAUCGAACCAUCACUGUCGAUGCCCAUCGCCGCCGAGACUGGCUCGGUCAGCGGGCGGGCGGCUGGGACUCACGGGAACUUCGGGCCACCGGGAGCCAUCCACGGCAACGUCAAUGGCCACAGUUUGCCUGCCGGUGGCUGGCAGGGUGCCGUCAACUCCCCUAUCAUUGCCCGUCCUCGUCAGUUUCACCAGCAACAGGCACAGCGACUUCAACGAUCGACGACCAAUAUUGGAGACCUCAAGAUCAAACCGGAUACCGAGGUUGACGGCCUAACCUAUACCACCAGCGGGUUUGGAGAAGCUCUCGGUGGAGGAACUGUGUCAGACUCGGAGCUUCUCAAGCUCGAGGGGCUGUCGAUGCGCGCGACAAAAGUCGAAGUGCCUCAGCCAGCCGCUUCUGUUCCUCCCUCGCCCACUCCUCUGGCAAGCAGUCCCAAGAAGACUAGUCGCCUAGGGGCUUUCUGUUCGAGAUUCCGCAGCAAAGCGGCUUCCACACUUCAGGGCAAGUCAAAACAGCAACAUAUGGAGAUCAAGCAAGAAUCCAUUUCGACUCCCGUCAUUUCUUCUGCCCAGAUGGGAGGAGGGACAGCAAAGCCUCGGCCAGGUCGACCAAGACCUGUCAAUCUGAAUCUCACCAAAUCACAACUACCCCUUUCUCCACCACUGACCGGUGCGGUGCCUACCUCAUCGCAGCCACAGACCAUCAGUGGUGAUAAACUGAUGAAUGGCAGCAACAACAACAAUAAUAAUAUGAAUUUCGUUAACGGUUUCAUCGACGACCCUUUUCUAACCGGCCAAUUCCUGAGAGGGGGACAAUUCGCCGCUCCAUUACCAAUGAACAACAACAGCAACAACAUGCCCCAUACGCCACUGCAACCCCCCCUGAUCGAUAGCAUCCCAGCCUCCUGGCAACUCCCCGUCACAUCCCCAGGCUUCGUGUUGUCUCCCAAUGGCGAAAUCAACACCAACUGGUGGGACACAACCAGCAUCGACGCAAUGGACACCGACCCGAUAACCAACCUUUUCCCUCCCACCACCUCCUCCACCACCACCAACCCCCGUGACGCCUCCCUCAAUUUGGCUAUGCACUUCCCCCCAAACUCCUUCGAAGCAGAAGACUUUUCCGUCUCCCAAAACCUAAUGCUUCACAUGCCCCAACCCCGCGGGCCCAACUCUGCAGUCCUCCACCCUCAGUACCGCGCCCAGAUGCAACAGCAACAAUCAUCAUCCUCCUCCUCCUCCUCCUCCCGGCGUCCCAAACCCCGCGCCCCUUCUUCAGGAGCCCGCCACCACCACUAUACCACCUCCGGCCCGGGCAUGUCCCCAAGGAAAACUCGCACCGUCGUCUCCGGCUCGUCAACAACCCCCUCCCCAACAACAACAACCACCACCUCCUCUUCCAAACCUAUCCCCACUGGCGGUAGAUCACACCGGAGAUCAACAAGCAUGACCACCCUCCCCUCAGGCACCCUCCUCGACCCCCCUUCUACUUCCCAAUCAUCCUCCGCCGCAAUAAAAAAACGCCGCUCCUGGACCGGCCGUCGGGUCUCGCAUUCCUCAUCGCAGAUUAACCUCCAUUCUCUCGCCUCUCCUUCCCAAUCGUCGCGAGGUCAUAAAUCCACGCGCCGGACAGCGUCGUGUUCGUCGCUUGCGGCACUGGCUGGUAUGGGUGGUGUGGAGCAUAAUGGUGGUGGAGGGGGGUCAUUUGUGAACUACACGCCGAACGACAAGCAGCUCCUCAUGACAGGGGUCGCGCCGAGCGGGAGCAGCAAGACAAAGUUGCGCAGAGAGAAGGAGGCGAAGGAGAAGGCGAGGGAGUUUAAAGAGCGGUUGGCGAGGGCGGUGGAGGCGGCGGGGGGGGAUUUAAAACGGUUGGAGGAGGUGGAGGAGGGGUUGACUUUGGGGGUGUAA